AAUUGUGCCUUGUAUCCAUAUACAAUAACGAGGGACGCCUCUCAAGAUACAUAACCAGGGGCGUUUGGGCAGAACCCGCUCCACGCCAGUCGUUCUGCUUCUGCAAUCGUCUGCUUGCACCCGGGCUGCAUUGCUCCGCACCACCCACAAUAGCUUCGAGUAGACUGAUCUAUCGUUGAAUAUACCAACGGUAGCACUGCGCCAUGCAAGCUCAGCAGGGUACUCUCCGACGGAGCAGCGCUGGCUCGACGCGGCAAGCGACUGCCCCGUCGCGCGCUGCAGCCUUCAAGCCAUGCAGCUUCACAUGUACUAGGCGGGGGCAGCACAUGGUGACCCGGGCUACUGGUCCAGAACUUGCAUCGCUCGCCGAGGCAGUGACAUCCGUCGUCGCUGCGGCCACUGCGGCUGCGCCCGCGCCUCUGCAACCAGCGGUGGCCACCAUAGGUGGAGAUGUCGCGGCACUGGCCACUCUGUCGCCCACGCUGCCGGGCAUCGGGCGCCUCACGGCGCUCUACUACCUGCUGUUCACCAACCCCAACCCGCUUUUCAACAUCUGGGACUUCUACGUGGGCGCGCCCCUCACUGACGGCGCCAACAGCCGCUGGAGUAGCGACAACUUUCAGCUGCGCGACAAACUGGGCGGCGGCAACUUCGGCAUCACCUUUGAGGGGCUGAGGCUGCAGGCGGACGACCAGGGUGUGACGCAGCGCAGCAAGUUGACGCCAGAGCAGAAGAAGCGCCGCGUGGUGCUGAAGCGUGUCAACAUGGACCGCCAGGGGGUCAGGCAGGACUUCCUGAAGACUGGCACUCUGGCCAAGGGCAGUGCGGAGACGGGCAUGGUGGAGGCGUACAUGUGCGCCAAAGUGAAGCGCAACCCGCUGGUGGCGUCAUCAUGCGCCGAGUACCUGGGGUACUUCACCAGCACCACUGCUGACGGUGCGUUCACCAAGGGCAGUCAGUGGCUGGUAUGGAAGUUCGAGAGCGACGCCACACUCGGCGACGCGCUGGACGGCAAGCUGGGUCCCUUCCCCGGCUGCCUGGAGGAGUUCAUGAUGGCGGGCCGCCGCAUCCCGGACUCCAUGCCGCAGGACAAGCGAGACAUCAACGUGAUCAAGAGCGUGAUGCGGCAAGUGCUUGUGGGGCUGCGCAAGCUGCACUCAAUUGGUAUCGUGCACCGCGACAUCAAGCCCGAGAACCUGCUGGUCACCGUGGACGGACAGGUCAAGAUCAUCGACUUCGGCGCGGCUGUGGACAUGUGCACCGGCAUCAACUUCAACCCGCUGUACGGCAUGUUGGACCCGCGGUACAGCCCGCCCGAGGAGCUGGUCAUGCCGCAAAGCUUCCCCCGCGCGCCCGCCCCCGCGGUGGCUGCGCUGCUGUCGCCCUUCGCCUGGCUGUACGGCCGCCCCGACCUGUUCGACAGCUACACGGUGGGCGUGCUGUUGAUGCAGAUGUGUGUGCCUGAGCUGCGGCCGGUGGCCAACAUCCGCCUGUUCAACACGGAGCUCCGGCAAUACGACAACGACCUCAACCGCUGGCGCAUGUACAAGGGCUCCAAGUACGACUUCUCGCUGCUGGACCGCAACAAGUCCGCGGGCUGGGACCUGGCCUGCAAGCUCAUCACCAAGCGCGACAGCGCCAACCGCGGCCGCCUGAGUGUGAGCCAGGCGCUGUCGCACCGCUUCUUCCUGCCCGAGUUCUGAGCGGCAUGGGCUGGAGACGAGGCGGGGCGGCGCGGGCUGCUGCCGAGGGACCGGAGCGGAAAAGGCAGUAUGUGCUGAAAUCAGCGCGGCGCUGUGCACUCCGUCCGAAGUCUCCCGAGUCUGCGGACUGGGCGGCAGCGCUGGAGCGCCGGGCAGGGAAGCGGGCGGCGGGCGGGCGGCCGCUGUGUUGGCCGCAGCCGCGUGGGCGCGCGCCUGGCAAGACGAAGCUGGUCUGGGCUGUCAAUCCACAUGGAGCUGGCGAACGCAGUGCAGCUGGAGCCGGCGGCGCUGGGCGGCGCUGGUGGGGCAAAGGUGCCCGUUUGCCUAAGGAAUGGGCUGAUGGCCAUGUGGACCAGUGUGGGCAGGGAGCACUGCUACGCUGGGGGCAGGGGCUCCAAUCGCACUGGUAGCGCCCUGCAGCAUCACCGGACGCAACGUCAGUGCGGUUGGGGUGUGCAGUGGCGGUGUGAAGGCCUACUGGCACGGGUAGCGUACAUGAGGUGCAGCUGCGGUGUGGCUGGUACUCCUGCAGAGGCCUGUGUGCUUCAGGCGUAGGACUGCUUCCCGAGUGAAUAGGAGCCAGCACCGAUGCAGGACUAAUGCGGUGGGGCCUUACCUGUGCGAAUAAUAGAAAUGCAGCUCUUUGCUGCUAGUUUAUGAUGUCCUCAUCUCCCUGCACAUGCAUAUUGGGAGGCCCGGAGCGGUUGGGUUGUGGGUGGGCAACGCGGCAGGUCGGGGCUCCUUGGCAGUUCAGCGUUGCUGAGGUGCUGCAACACGGUCAGUGCGAGUUUGAACUGCUGCUGGGCCUUUCAGGAGUAUUACGGACCGGGCUGUGUGGUAGAGGCGAGGCGGCGAUUUCAAACGACGAGCCGUGAGUUUGCCGGCUACAUAGGCCAUGGAUUACUGGGCAGAUACACUAGGUAGACGAGCGCCAGCAGUCCGGGGAGCACCAGCAGCAGCAGCAGGGGGUCGGGUGAUGAUGUGGGGUGCGGUGUAUGGAGGUGGCAUCCUGUAUGUUUAUCUGGGCGCUUCAUUGCGUCAAGCCAAUCGAGUCGUUGAGCAGGUUCGAUUUUGUGGUGUGAGAGCCGCCUCACCCCGGUUAGUGCACGUGCCUGAGUGCUGUGCCGCGUUAGGGUGUGCAGUGAAGGCAGGUGCAGCAGCUGCUGCUUCUUAGGACAGCUUUAGAUGUUCGACACUCGGCAGGAUGGCGGCAGAUUGCGUUGCCGAAUGCUCAUAGCGCUAUAAGUGCAGAUUUCGGCUUAUGGCUUCUUACGAGUCACCACACAUUCCGAGCGGUGGGCUGGCCAUAGGAUUACGAUUCCGCGUUCCGGACUCAGCGCGGACAUGGCGUUCAAGUCAGUGUAUGGGGCGGCCACAACCAGUCAAGGCAGUUACAAUGCGCAUGACUUGUACUGCAUAAGAGCCAAC